UUUCAAUGCUGGUGACUCAUGGAGUUGUUGAAUGGAAGCCAGGGCUUUAAAACCGCUCCAUUCCUAUGUUCUCAAGUACAACGUCGAGGCCACCUCUCUCACUACAUUCACGGCACGUUUGGAAGAGUAAUUUAUCAUAGCAAUGAAGACCAUAUUUUCACUGCUUUUAUAUUUCAUAAUAUUAAGUAAUGGAUUCGCUGCAGUUAUUACAGGGGCUUGUGAGAAGGAUCCUCAGUGUGGUGUUGGAAUGUGCUGUGCAGUUAGCCUGUGGAUACGUAACUUGCGAAUGUGUGCACCAAUGGGCAAUGAGGGAGAGGAGUGCCACCCGCUGAGCCACAAAGUUCCAUACUUUGGCAAGAGGCUACAUCACACCUGUCCCUGUAUUCCUAAUCUGGCAUGUAUUAGGACAGCAGAAGGCAAAUACAAGUGUUUGCCACAGUUUAAAAACCAAGACUUGUUUUUCUGAACAGCUCUGCGUAAUCUGAAUCUUCAUUUGUACAGUAACAUGGUGUAUGCAAUUAACUGAGAUAGUUCUUCAUUCCUAUUUAUUAUUAAAACCCUGUGUCAUAAAGCAUAACUCUCAAAUUUUCUCAUAUGACCUUAAAAUAAAACAAAUAUGUGCCUAUUUAGAGAUGGGUUAUCUUUUCAAAAUAAAAACUAACGUUCGCGAGUAUGUCAACAAUGAAGAAGCCGUAUCAUGUCAAAUAAUUGUCACUUUAAACUUCAGGUUUCAGAAUUACUUUGCUUCUUUAAGUGGGAUUAAAAGAUUUUAGGAUAUGAACUUCUACCUGUAUUCAAACCUGUAUUAAAUGAGAAAAUAUGUCAGGUUAAUGCAUGACAUAGUAAAUCUGUAAUAAAUGGACAAACUGUAAAGUAGAAUAUUUAUUUUUGUGGAGGAAAUGCUGCAUUUCUUGCACAUUUUGAACCUUUUUAGGUACAUUGCUGGUGUCCAUUUCUGUAUCAGAAAAACAGCAGCAUUUUUAUUUAAAGAUGUAUACUAUUGUUCUAUGCCUUACAUCUUUCUCUGCAAAGGGGUUAACUGUGAAUUAUGGUACACCUCUGGAAUUAACAUUGUUGAAAAUACAAAUUUCAGUUUGUUGAAUACACUUUGGUUCCAUUUCGCCAGCACAAACAUAAGUGUAUAAAACUCAAUAUAGUCCUGAUAGCAGAUUUGUCUUCACCGUAUAUUUUCUUAACACUAGCCAUUUGGAAAAAUGUUUUCAUUUAUAAUACAUUUAUUUGUAGCAUUCUGAUUUAUUGUACCUUAACCAAAUCUACAUAACAUUAAAGUGCUGUCAUUAUGAAAAGUCUUGUUAUUUUUUCAAUAUGUAGCUUAGGAUUCAUAAGUCAUGUGUAUAAUUACAUAGGCUUAUAGGGCAACAUCAAAAUAAAACCAAAUAAGAUGGCCAAUACACUAAAAUUGUCUUACAAAGUUUCUGUAUUCU